AUGAAAAACUUACAUGAAAUGUGUCAUUUUGUUAGAAAUAUUCCAUUUAUCUAAGAUUCUUCUUCAGCAAAUGAUGUCUGGAGAUCACCUGAUUUCUUAUUGAAAAUAAGAAAAGGAUUUAUACAGGAUCAUGCAAUCUUGGGUGCUUGUUUAUUUAUGGGAUUUGAGAGAGAAGACAGAAAGAGAGAGCGUGAAAAAGAUUCUCAUAAAUAUAUCCCAUUUGAGCAUAGAGUUUUUGUUUGUUUGGGUACACUCAAGUCCAAUUCCAAAUUUCAUGCUUGGCUUAUGGUUUUUUCACAUGAUCUAUCUGGUGUCUCAUUUUGGGAUGUUCAAGAAAAUUUUCAUAUGAAUUUAGAAGGAAGAGUGAGAAAAGAUAAAAGAGCAGCCUUAAGAAAGUUUUUGUAUGCUGAAAAACAGGUAGCAAAGAAGGAAGGUGGAUUAGGAUUGGAUGCCUUAGGUAAUGUAAGUAAGGAUAAAAAGAAGCCAGUUCCAAAGAGGAAAUAAGUAAUGGAUUUGAAGAGAUAAGAAUUAGAAAAAGCGUAAUUGGAGUAAGCUUAGAAAAAAUAGAAAUAAAAUGAUAUUCUUAUGUAAUAACAAAAAGAGGGAGAGGAGAAUAGGCGAAAGGCAAGAACUAAUGCUACUUUCUAACCUGAAGAUGAUGGCAGAGGAGAUCAGGAUGAUUAGGCUAUAGAAACAAUUUAAUUAGAAAAUUUAAAUGGAAAUAUCAGACUUAAAAACCAAAGAUAAAUGGGAGAAGUGAAAUAAUCAAAGGAAAGAAUGAGUGUACUAAAAGAGGAGGAUGGCAACAAGUCUACUGUAAAAGGAGCAGGAUCAGCUUCACAAAAAAAAACAUUUACUAAUCCUUUUUUUGUUUAUAGAGAGGAUGAAAAAGAAACUGCCAUUGCUAAAAAGCAGGAAGCGGAGGAAGAAAUUUUAAGAGCCAACCCAAUUGCCAAAUUUUCUAAAAUUGAUCGUUUUUUUGAUAAAGAUGGAAAACAAGUUGUUGACCCUGGUUAAUUACCGUAUAAAACUAUUGAGAUUAUUUUUAAUAACAAAAAUAUAUUUGGUAAUAUGGCUAAUUAGAAUCCCUAGCAGAUAUAUUAUCAUUUGCAUGACAAAAGAUAAUGGUAUCCAUUUAUUAAAGAGACUAUUCCCAAUCCAGGAAAAUAAGAGGAAAGCGAAGAGGAGGAGUCUGAUGGUGAUACUAACAUAAAAAUAGAUGAGGAAGAACUUGAAGAUAUGCUAAAAUUAUAGAAUGAGGAAUUCAUAGAAAAAACUUGGAAUCAAAGUGUAGGUUCUUUUUAUUCUGCUCAAAUUCUAAAAGAACCAAUCAAAAAGAAUAGAAUCAAUAGGUUAUUAGAGGAUAUUUUCAUGGAAGUAAAAUAAGGAGUAGAAAAGGCUAGAGGAAAACGUUCCCUUUAUACUAAAUGGAAGCAUGAUUUAGAUGGAAUUAAUAAAAAGAUGGAGUAAUAUUUGAAAAUCUUAGAAUAUAAGACCACUUAUAGAACGUUAAGAGUAGUCUAAUAGAAACAAGAUGAGGAAUCAGUUGCUAAAUGGAAUCAUAUUUAUAAGAGUAGAAAUUAUGAAGAAAUCAUUGAGCAAUGGAGAAAAGAAGUCAAGAUAAUGCUACCUUUGAAUACGCAUUUGUGCAUACUUCCAAUGAGAUUUAAUUAUACUGAAUCUGAGAAAAUCAAAUCAGCAAUAGUUGAAAAUAUGGAAUCCUUUUUUAUGAGAAGAGAUAAUAAAAUUAUAUUUAAUCUUGCAGGAAAGAUUUUUAACUAUCCAAAUAGAAUAGUUUGUGUUAGGUUGAUUCUCGGAUAUUCAUAUUGUCAAAAUUUAGAUGAUACUAAAAAGAAAGAUGAAAAUGAGGAAAACAAAGAAUAUCAAGAAGGCGAAAUUGAUAUUCAAAAGCUAAUGCUUGAUGAUUUUGAUGCGGAUGAUGAUGAAAAUUUAGAUUUAUUAAAAAAGCAAAAAAAAGCCGAGAAUUAAUAACAGUGA